UAAAAAACAGAGGGCUGUUUCAAAGACAAAAUGGAUCACUUUGCUGCAGAGUGCCUUGUUUCAAUGUCCAGUCGUGCAAUUGUUCACGCUCAAGGGAAUAGGGAGAUUAAACCAGAAACCCCGUCCUCCUCCAAGAACGGAGAGGAAAUGAAAGAACCUUUGGUGAAAGACAACUCCUCUAUUUUUGUGGUGGCGCGGAUUUUGGCGGAUUUUAACCAGCAGACUCCCAACAAUGUUGCCGAGCAGGCAAAAAUAAAGGAUGAGAGCAUGCCGAACCACAUAGAUGAUGGAAACUCUGCCACACCUACCACCAUCUCCGAUCCUACGCUCAAACAAAGAGGCAAAAGAUCGCGAGGUCGAACUGAGCCAGAAUCGCCUCAGAAAAAGCACAAAUGCCACUAUUCAGGUUGUGAAAAAGUUUAUGGCAAAUCAUCCCACCUCAAAGCCCACCUAAGGACACAUACAGGAGAACGACCUUUCCCAUGUACCUGGCCCGACUGCAGUAAGAAGUUCGCUCGCUCCGAUGAGCUGGCCCGCCACUAUCGCACCCACACGGGGGAGAAGAAGUUUGGGUGCCCGCUUUGUGACAAGCGCUUCAUGCGCAGCGAUCACCUCAUGAAGCACGCCCGGCGCCACUCAGAUUUCCAGCCCGGCAUGCUGAAGAGGCCCCACAGCAGCAGCAGCUCCACACGUCCCAGCUCCCUCAGCGACUACAGCCGCUCGGAUGCCUCCAGCCCCACCCUCAGCCCCGCCCUCAGCCCAGCCAACUCGCCUUAAACUGAAACCCAGUCGCACUUUCUGUCUCUGACCUGCGAGGCCUGUGUUUUUGUCAUAACACUCGUGUUGCACGGUUGUCAGCAACC